AUGUCAUCGAUAACCAACGAUCAGUUGUUGGAACACAAUUUUGUGAGUGAUAUGCCAAAUGAUAAUGAACAGGACAUUUUAGACGAGUUUUUGGACCAGCGGGUGUACGAAUCGAUAAAUUUACCUGAUAGCAACAGUAUAAAGGUCGAAACGGACGACUUGUUGAACGAUUUUUACAAUAAUAACGACAGCAACGACAGUAAUAAUGACGGAAGUAACUACGGGGGCGGAAGCGGAAACACAAAUUAUUUGUUGAAUCAGUCGCAAAUGACGACUCCUAAUAAUGACUACAUGUAUCUUGAUAACAUCGGAUACAAUGGGGCCAAUAGCUCUUAUACCAGUCCCAAUGAUUCAUCGCAGAUGAACAUUGCAAACAAGUUACAGCUUUCGGAUUAUGAUAUUGUGAGAGAUGAGUUAUCAAAGUUGAAGUUUGGUACUGCCAAUAUGAAGCUGUGUCCGAAGUCCGUGGAUGUUCCAGAUCCAUCGUAUCUUGAUUUUUCGCAGCAAGCUAUGGAUUCGUUACCGUACAAAUUAACAUUAACCAACUUGCCCAGCUACUCACGGGUGGAAACGCAGAUAAAGUUUAAGUUUGGAUUAAGUCCUCCACCUCCACACGUUCUUUUGCACAUACCCCAAGAUUUAAUAUCCAAGAAUAAAUUCUGUCUUUCCAACGAUGUGGAUACAUUGGCACCUACCUUGAAAGAAAGCCUCUUAUACUUAGACACAUUUGUAUUAACGUCAGACUAUAAAAAAUCAUGCAAUAUUUGUUCCAGGUGUAUCAAACGUGAGCAAAAGCGGGCAUCGAGAAGAAAGUCUGGAAUUAAUGGAAACGAAUCUGACGGAAACAAUGAUACCAAUAAUGAUAAUAGCAACACUAAAGAAAACGGUAAAAGUUGUUCCAGCUCGUGGGCUGAUGAUAAAAUGAUGAAGAAGGCCAUUAUUUUCAAUUGUAAAGAAAUCGUUUCCUUUCCUCCUCCUAACGGUUUAAAUAAUGAUUUAUCAAAAUCAAUGGACCUUUCAGCCAGAAUAAUUUGUUACUGCAGACAUCAUAAAGAAUCUCAAGGAUUCAAGUUAUUGUUUGUAGUGAAAAAUCAUGAAGGAAAGGUGGUGGCAAAACAAAUUUCAUCAACUAUAAUGAUAAUGGAUAGAAAGAAAACUACAGCUGCUUCCAAAAAUAAAGUAAAUGAAGACUCUUUGCCUAAUUCUAUUUGUGGCUCGUCGACUAAUUUACAACAAAUGGCCGGAGAUCAACUGCAACAAAGACAACAAAGACUGCCUAGAGAAUCUGAUAAUGACGUAUUAUUGAAUUCUUUCCGCCAAUUAUCUUCCAACUCAAUAGAUGAAUCUAAUUCUGAAGCCCAAACUAAUACUGACACUAAUACAUUUUCAGAUGGAAGAAACUUGAAGAGGAAAAAAUUGUCUGUCGAUGAUUCAUUCAAUACUCAAACUAAUCCUAUGUUUAACGGCAGUGUUAAUGCUUUGUCACCCUUGAGUAAUAGCGAUACCAAUACUUCCACUAGCAAUAUGUUGACGAAGCCUAAUCAAAUGCCUUCACUCGGCCAGCCAUCAUUUGGAUUAUCCCCAUUAAGUCAUCCUCAGUUGAACACUCAACAACCUAGAUUACCAUCAAUUCAAAGAAUUAUCCCAGCACAAGGACCAAUUAGAGGCGGAAUAGAAAUCACUUUAUUAGGGUUUAAUUUCCGCCAAGGAUUGGCCGUCAAGUUUGGAGCAAAUCAGGCUUUGGCUACUCACUGCUGGUCAGAAACGACUUUAGUGACGUAUUUACCGCCUGCAUCACAACCAGGCCAAGUCUUGGUUAGCUUUGAAGACCAUGAAAAUACAAUGAUUGGUGGACCACCUCAGCAACAAAUCUUCACCUACACUGAUGAUACAGACAAACAACUAAUUGAAUUAGCCUUACAGAUAGUCGGAUUGAAAAUGAACGGUAAGUUGGAGGAUGCGAAGAACAUCGCUAAAAGAAUUGUUGGCACCGAUAACUCAAAUAUUAGCGGUGCAAAUUCUAACACCACAUCUCCUGUUAACCACCAAAAUAUGAAUCAGGCUAAUAUUGAAUGGUUUGAUAGUGCACAUAAAACUGUUCUACAAUUAACUAAAUCCGAUUUGUCUACUGAAGAAAUCUUGAUUAAUUUCCUUUCAUUGGUCGAUUUGCCAAAUUGCCCAAUUAUAAUACCAAACUGGCAAUUAUGUAAUGGACAAGGUCAAACCUUAUUGCAUUUGGCAUCAUUAAAGAAAUAUAGUCAAUUGAUUAAAUUUUUGAUAACCCAUGGCUGCAAGAUUGAUGUUAAGGAUAACCAAGGCUUAACGCCACUUUUCUUAGCUUCAAUGUGUGGUCACAGAGAUUUAAUUCAAGUUUUUGUUGCAUGUAAGAGCAAUUGGAAUUUGAAAUUAUCAAAUGACAAGUUAUUGAAGGAUUAUUGCGAUCCAAAUGUAUUGGAUGUUUUCAACAGUUUAGAAGACCACGAUAAUGAAAAUUCUGAUGAUGAUUUCUCUAAGUUUCUUUCAAAAGAUAGCAAAUUGGCUAAAUCAAUGAGUUUGGAUUCUUUGAAUUCAAUGUUUGCUAUGAACUUUGGAUGCCAUGUUUCAAAGAUGGUCAUGGAGAAUACGGUCAACCAUUCAAGUGAUCCAAAACUUGAAAGUGGUGAUAGAUAUCUCAUGAGAGAGGAAUUGAAUUCUAGAUCAAGUGAAAACAACAGUAAUGGUGAGUUUUCCCAGCCAGAAUCUGAUUUAGCAAACUCUGAGUUUGCUGAUUCAGAAUUUGAAUCCAAUGAUGAUGACAGAUUUUAUAAUGAUGAUUAUGAUGAAAGCGAAAGUGAGGACGACUACGAAGAUGAAAUGGAUGCAAAUAGUGACAUUUGUGAUAACAGAGAGUUAAAUAUAGGUAAUGUUGGCGAUGUUUUAGAUGACACUCAAUCGUUAACUUCAAAUUCAACAAUUUUACCUCCAUUAUCGAAUAAUAAUGAUGACGAUGACGAGGAAACCUUGUCUCUGAAUUCAGCAGGAUUAUGGCAAAAGGUCAAGAAUGUCUUUAGUAAUGAUGAAAGUGAUAGUCAAUUACCAUCUUAUGAUGAUUUGUUUCCUUUCGGACCUUCUUCAUUCCACCUGAAACCUAAAUCCUCUGCCGAAAGAAGUCUUAACACUGUGGAUGUUAAUACAAAUGCUGGUGAUAGUUCUAAGGUACUUACUGGAUCUUCGCGUGAUGAUAAUCAAGAAGAUGCUGGUGUGUCUUCAGAUUCUUCAGAUGAUAUGGUUAUAUCUUAUAUCAAUCAUCCUCGUAAGACUGUUGAAAAUGAUAAAAUGUUAUUAUUUUUCUGGUUCCCAGCGUUAGUCUGUAUCAUGGCAUUGUUCAUCUUCGUAUACAUCAUGGGUUAUAAGUUUGAAUUUAUUGAGAACUUUAAACAUUACAUUAGAACAACAAUCGGGAAUUUAAUGGUUGGAAAUGAAAGAAUUGGUAAGCUUUUUCACUCAUCAAAUACAAGAGGAGUAGAAAGUGUGUUGCUGGCAACUCGUAGGAUGAUCAACGAGUAG